AUGGUCACAAAAAGCAGAUUACGCCUGGCAAUUGCUGCAGAGAAAGGCGUAGAUUUUAAGAAGCUUAAACAGCAAAAGAAGCACAAAGAGGCUCUAAAACGCAAGGGCUCGGGGGCAUACCCAAGCGGAGUUGAUCUGGGCGGGAAGGCAGAGGACAAUGACGACGAGGACACUGCUGAUGAGCAGAGUGAAGACGAUGAAACUGGGAUUGUGAAUCUUGGAGCCGUGGACGAAACAGACACUUCGGACUCGGAAAUUGAGAUGGAGGAAAAAUUUAGUAGACACGCUUCCACGCAGAAGUUGAAGAGAAACUCGAGGGGAAACGACAAUAACGACGACAACGACGAUAAUGAGGAGGAGGACGAAGAAGAAGAAGAUAUCCCUGUUUCGGACCUCGACGACCUCGAAGACGAAGAUAAGGAGGACCUGAUACCACAUACCCGACUCACUAUAAAUAACACAUCUGCCCUCCAGGCAGCUCUCGAUCGUAUAUCCAUUCCUACAGACACCAGCGCGACUUUUGCGUCGCAUCAAUUAGUUGUGGCUUCGGCUAAUACUGCCGACUCCAUUCCUGAUGUCUCUGACGAUCUGCAGCGUGAGCUUGCAUUCUAUUCCCAGAGCCUAGAUGCCGCCAAGGAAGGUCGCACUAAGCUCCUUGCAGAGGGAGUGCCAUUUUCUCGCCCAAAAGAUUAUUUUGCUGAGAUGGUCAAGGAGGACGCCCACAUGGAGAAAGUCAAGGCCAAACUGAUUGAAGAGGCAUCCGCCAAAAAGGCUGCUGCUGAAGCACGCAAACUGCGCGACUUGAAGAAGUUUGGCAAACAAGUUCAAGUAGCCAAGCUGCAAGAGAGACAGAAGGCUAAGCGGGAGACAUUGGAAAAGAUUAAGACACUUAAGAGAAAGCGCCAAGAGUCAGGGAAUGACAUGAACACCAACGAGGCAGACAUAUUUGAUGUCAGUGUCGAUCACGAGCUUGCCAAACAUUCCCAAAAACACACUGGUCCUGGGGGAGGCGGCCUUUCAGCCCAAAGGGUUAAUGCCAAGCGCCAAAAAAAGAAUGAGAAGUAUGGUUUUGGUGGGAAAAAACGACAUGCGAAGUCUGGAGAUGCCAUUAGCUCGGGGGACUUGUCUGGGUUUAAUACGAAGAAGAUGAAGGCUGGUGCAAAAGGAAAGCCAAAAUCAUCCAGGCCGGGAAAGAGCAGGCGCAAAGCCAUGAGCUCAACAUAA